GAAAGAGAUUCCAAACAAGAAAUGUACAAUGUGUAUUUAAGACAAUUUUGUAAAAUUCGUACUCGACGGCCUACUUUUCAUAGCGUAUUAAAUAAAAUGGCAAAAAGUUCUUUUGAAUAUGUGAAAAAUUACGAACUUCAUGACACGCUGUUACCGAAUACGUGGAUCGUCGUGAGAGUGGAUGGAAAGUGUUUUCAUAAGUUUUCUGAAGACCACAACUUCGAAAAGCCAAAUGAUAUCAGGGCUUUGAACUUGAUGAAUUAUGUCGCGUACUCUGUCUUUAGAGAAUUUAAUGAUCUGCUUAUGGCAUUUGGACAAAGCGACGAAUAUUCAUUUGUUUUUAAAAAACAGUGUUUGCUUUACAAAAGAAGAGCUUCAAAGCUGUUAACGAUUAUUAACAGCAAGUUCUCGUCGUCAUAUGUUUACUACUGGGAUAAAUAUUUUCCAGAUGUGAAAUUAAAGUAUCCUCCUGUGUUUGAUGGCCGUGUAGUGUUGUAUCCUUCUGAAGAGAAUUUAAUAGAUUACAUGAAAUGGCGGCAAGCAGAUGUUCAUAUAAACAACUUGUAUAACACGACGUUUUGGUCACUCGUUUUGAAGGGCAACCUAACUCCAGCUGAGGCUGAAAAGCGGCUGUGUGGAACUGUAUCAGCUGACAAGAACGAAAUACUAUUCAAAGAGUUUAACAUUAACUACAACAACGAACCUGAGAUAUUCAAAAGGGGCACUUUAUUGCUCAAGAAAACUGUAAAUGUGGAAAACUCAGGAAAGUGCAUGACUGUAAUAGUUGAUGUUCAUGAUGAUAUGCUGAAAGACAAAUUCUGGACUUCUCAUGCUAAUUUACUGACAGUGAAAUCAUUGAAACAAAAUUUAAUUUACAAUGGACCUCUUACUAAUAUAAUAAGUGAACAAAUUAAUAAUAAGGAGACUAGUUAA